AUGUCUGAAAAUGUGGCUCCUGGUCCGCGUCGCGGCGGUCGUGAAAGAACAUCAACACAACGUUACCAAGACCUCCAACAACCCGCUAGCUCCACCACUUCGAAGCGAAAGAGAUCAGACGCGUCCAACACCGCCGUGGAUGCUCGGCCAAAGAAAUCAUUGAAAUCACAGGAUCAAGUUGAUGCUGCACCAAGGAAUUCAAAAUCAGCUGGUAAACGCGUCAACUCCGACAACACGAGAGCGAAGGCGAACGCCAAGACGACCACUAAGUCGCGUCUUGAUGGUCCAGCAAAGGAUGCAGGAAACUUUGUCGAUUUGACUGAAGAUGACGACGAGGCUGUCUCGUCGUCGGCCAAGAAACCAAACAGGACCAAAUCGCAGAAGGGCGAGGAGAAGCGCCUCAAACCGGUUCGUAAGCAGGCACCGCAGAAGUAUACCACGAUCGCAUAUCGGGCCACGACCCAGCGUAUGGUCGUGAUUGACAGACGACGCCCGAAUAAUGAAGACUGCCCGCACGGCAAGCCGCAUUGCCCUAUGGAAGAAGUCGACCUGGCUGGCAGCACUGGCAACAUCUACACCGUCAGGAUCACUCACGUUCCAGAGUGUACAUGUCCCGACUUCAGAAUCAACCGGAAUCCUCAGUGUAAACACAUCCUCUAUGUGCUGCUGAAAGUCCUCAAAGCCCCAGAGCCUUUGCACUACCAGGCAGCGUUUUUGACAUCGGAACUGGAUGAGAUGUUUGAUCAUGCAGGUCCGCUCCCCACCGAGACAGUCCAUGCUGAAGAUAAGGAUGGCAAGCGUAAGCCCAUCGAAGGUGAUUGUCCAAUCUGCUGCGAGGAGCUCUCUCAAGAGACCGAGGCCAUUGUAUGGUGUCAAGCUGCUUGUGGAAACAACCUUCACAAGACCUGCUUUGAUCAGUGGGCCGCGACAAAAGGUCAUGAUCAAGUCACUUGCCCAUAUUGUCGAACUCAGUGGCAGAACGAGGUCGACGGCAGCGCUCUCAAAGGAAUGGCUAAAGCUGGUCCUAAGAACAAGGAUGGAUAUGUCAACGUGGCUGCUCAAGUUGGCAUGUCCACAAGAAGAGACUACUCUACAUACCAUGAGUACUGGGUCCGCGGACAGCGACGCGACGGACUGAUUGAUGAUGAUGACGACGACUAUGAUCUUCCAGAAUACUGA